AUGUUGCACACCUCAGCCGCUAUUCUCGCCGCAGCAUUCUGCUCGCUGGCCUCCGCGCUACCCACAUCCAAUGUCGUUAAUCGAGCAGGCGGGCCCGCAAUCAUGCCUAUACCCUCAAACUGCACCGUUACGGAUCCUCUGCCCACCGAUCCAAACACGUCUUACGUGCCAGCACCAGCUGCCCACGACGAUAUGCUAUACAGCUCCUACUACCCUUCUUACACAUCAAACACAACUGCCAUGGCACAACAGUGCCUUCAGCAAUGUUACGGCUAUGGAUAUCAUGUCGAGUGCAAGACAGCAUACUGGGCAGAGAACGUCGUGGUGCCGGCUGGAUACUAUGGCACGGCUGGCGGACAACUCGAGACGGCUUGUCUAAUGUUCAGUAGAGCACUCACGAGCGACGACUUCGUGGCAGCACCAGAAGGCCAGGGUACGAGUGCGACUGCGAGCAACAUUGCAUGCUGA